GUGUUUUUGAGGGAUGACUUUUAUGCAUUAAUAAAGGGUGUAGUGGUUUACAAUACCAUUCAAAGGAAUCUACAGCUAGUAUUAUGCCACUUGUUUAGAAAUAUAAAUUGUGUUAUAGGUUCAUAUUUAUAUUCUUUUAGUGUUGAAUUAUGAAUGUUAUUCUUCAGCAGUAUCCAUCAACAUUAAAACAAUGCUUUUCAAUACGCUGUUUGCAGUUUUCAAGCAUCGUCUUCAAUAUUGAGACAAGACAUAAAUUUUGCACCAAGGCAAGUUUUAAAAGGCCCUUGUUAUCGAUUGAGAAAAUCCCAGAAUACAACAGAAUAACAGCUGAUGAGGUAAAGAAAUCAAUUCCAAAUCUUGUCAAAGAAGUGGAAGAAAAAUUUGAACACCUUGAAGCGAAAAUAAAAACUAAAAAAGAAUACUCCUGGGAAGAUGUGAUUACAAACUCGGAACUUUUGUUUGAUAAACUUGGAUUAGCAUGGAGUGCGGUGUCACACUUACAUCAUGUAAAAAAUAACCCUUCCUUAAGAAAUGCUUUUCAGGAAGUGCAACCACAAGUAGUGACUUUAAUCAACAAAAUAUCUCAAAGUAGACCAAUGUUUGAUGCUAUGCAGUUUCUAGAAUCUAAAAGUAAUACCUUGGACGAAUGUCAAAACAGGAUUAUUAAUACAACAUUGAGAAGAUCUAGACAAGCUGGUGUACAUUUAGAAGGGGAAGAGAAGAAAGAAUUUAAUAACAUUAUGAAGUCAUUAGCUGAACUUAGCACCACUUUUAUGAACAAUGUUUUGGACAGUACUAAAGAGUUUUCUCAUAUCGUGCAUCAACGUGAAGAUUUGGAAGGCUUACCUCAAUCCUUGAUUAACUUAAUGGCAUCAACUGCGUCUGUGCAACUAGAAAAAGACAUUGAUCCUGACAUUGGACCAUGGAAGCUCUCCCUCGACAUGCCAUGUUUUGAACCAUUUAUGAAACACAGUGUAAACCGACGUUUACGAGAAAUGCUAUACUUAGCGUAUAUAAGACGCGCAUCAUCUGGCAAACAAAAUAAUUCUGAGGUGAUUGAAAAGAUUCGACAGCUGAGGAAGAGAAAGUCAGCCAUACUUGGCUAUCACGAUUAUGCAACCUUGUCGCUUAGCAACAAAAUGGCAGAUCAACCAGAGAAUGUGUGGAAAAUGUUAAAUACAUUGAAGGAAAAGUCGAAAUCUAUUGCAAGUUUAGAACUGAAAACUUUGCAGGAAUUUGUGCAGAAGCAUGGACAUGAAGGCGAGCUCAGACACUGGGAUAUAGCUUAUUGGAGUGAACGACAAAGAGAAAAGUUGUUGAGUUUAAACGAAGAAGAAUUGCGCCAAUACUUUCCCUUUCCAAGGGUGUUAGAAGGGUUGUUUGCACUUGCAGAGGAACUGUUCAAUGUUAACAUCAAAGAGGCUCCGAAAGGUGAAGUUGAGAUAUGGCAUGACGAUGUGAAAUUCUUCAACAUCUACGAUGCUAGUGGUGAUCAGGUAGCAUCAUUUUUUCUCGAUCCAUACUCUCGUCCGGAAGAAAAACAGGGUGGAGCGUGGAUGGAUUCUGCCUUAGAUCGCAAUGAUGAGUUGCAUCGUCAACCAAUCGCAUAUUUAGUUUGUAAUCAAAGCCCUCCUAUUGGUGACACUCCCUCGUUGAUGACGUUUCGAGAAGUUACCACGCUGUUCCACGAGUUCGGCCACGGUCUCCAGCAUAUGCUAACAGCAGUAAAGUAUCCAUCGGCUGCCGGUAUAAACAAUAUCGAAUGGGAUGCAGUCGAGCUUCCGUCGCAGUUUAUGGAAAAUUGGUUGUAUGAUUGGGUGACGAUGCAAAAAAUUUCUUCUCAUUACACAACAAGUGAAAGUUUACCUUACGAAAUGUUUCAGCAACUUCGAAAAGGAAAGGUGUAUCAUGCAGGAUUAAGCACGCUAAGACAACUUUACUUCUCCGCUUUGGAUAUGGAAUUACAUACAAGCGAAGACGAUUGGCGGAGUGUUAUGAAACGUGUAUCAGAUGACUUUACAGUAAUGUCGCCUCAUCCUGAAGAUCACUUCCCAUGCUCGUUCCUGCAUAUUUUCAGUAGCAGUUACGCAGCUGGUUAUUACUCGUAUAUGUGGGCUGAAGUUUUAUCUGCUGAUGCGUUCUCCGCCUUUGAAGAUGUUGGUUUGGAUGACAGAGACAAUAUAUCCAACUUGGGCAAAAGAUUUCGAGAUACUGUAUUAGCUUUGGGUGGUUCAAAACAUCCCGACGACGUCUUCUUUCAAUUUCGUAAAAGAAAGGCUACCGUUGAUGCUUUGCUUAAGUCACGUGGUCUUCAAUAGAUACGUCAUCGACGUUGAUGUGGUGAGAGUGUGUACCAAACAUUGUUGUACAAGCUGAUAAAAUAAAUUUUUAUGCACAGCGCUGUUUAUUUUAUUAAAAGACACUAAUGUGAUUUUUAAGUGGAAGUAUUACAGAGGACUUAACAAUCUAGAUUUCGUUAUUACAAAAUCAUUUGGACCUAAAGAAGUGCUUAAAUGGUUACUGGUCAGUGUUAAUGUACUGUGAAGUGGAAAUCCCGAGAUCAAAGGUACAGACUGCGACUUGAGUGUAACAGUAUUUCUGUUUCAACAGUGGAACAUUUACUCUGCAACUUACAAUGUACGGAGUUUUAAGAAUAGAUUAGUUUCAAAAAUUUUGUU